AUGCCCGCACCGCACCUUCGAAAGCCGCUCGAUAGCCAAAGGGGCGCUGGCGGUGAGAUGUCUAUGAUGUCUUUUGUCCAGCCGGACUGUCCUGCUAGAUUUUCCCACCAGGACGACCACCGCAUUAGGGGUCUUAACGCCGAGGCCAUGGCCCGCGUCUUCCUGCCUCCGCCCGCCUGGCUGCUCGCGACGGAAUAUGCGCCCCUCCGAUCGGAUGCCGCUGAUUCCCCGACAUCCGUCUUUUUUAGCCUCAACCUCUCCAUCUACGGCCAGCCUAUUGAUCCCUCCGACUGGACCGAAGAGUGGUUUUUCAUGCAUGCCCGCGUCCACCCCUACGCGCUCGCAUGGGAGGUUGAGCAACGCGACGGCCUGGAGUCUGGCACGGGCCGCACCCUUCUCUAUACGAUGCCCGCCCUUGCCGUCCGCGAUCAGGGCUACCAGCCGUCUUCGUUAUCUUCCCUAUUCGCGCUAACCCUGGGCCGUCUUGGGCAGGACUCUCAAUUUCAGCCUAACGUCCCCUUUACCUGCACAGGCAAGGUCGCUGGCCUGCUCCGCCAUGACGUUAUGCUCUACCCCCCGGGCUCUUACCGGGACAACGUCUUUAUCGUCGUCCCAGAUUCCUGGACUUUUCUCGACAAGGCCGCCGCCGCCGUCACCACGAUGGCACCGCUUCUCUCUACGCCACAGAGGCAACAAGCUUCCUCCGCUUCCGCGGCCUUCCAGGACAUGCGCGCUGCCUCUUUGUCUUUGAUCACCCUGGCUCCCGCCCAGUCCUCCACCUUUGGCUUCGGCUUCGCCCUCGACCGGCCACCUUACGCCGCCCGGGAAACGAUAUUGCCCUGA